AUGUUAACAUUCCUCGACUAUGGAAACCUUGGCUUUCAGUUAUUAUUGUUUAUCCUUGCCAUCAACACCUGCCGGAAAGCAGCGCCGUGGAGGGAUCCAAAUCCCGUCGUGCUCUCAAACUUUCUCUUGGUCUCCAUCGACACCAUUCAUCUUUUCGUCUUCAACAUUCACGACUAUCUGGCGCGGAUUCUGGAGUAUGAAAGCUUUGGAGUAUUCGGAGUUCGGGUUUUCCUUUGGUGGUACGAUGCUCGAUAUUACCUACAGCAUUUUAUUUUCAUACUCCUUCCGAUUUUACAUUUAUUCGCUAUCGAAUCUCUACAAGAUGAAAGUGUUGAGGAAGAAGCCAAGGAGAGCAAACGAAGUCAAGCAAGUUACAGUCCGCGAGAGAUGACGAUUGGCUCCGUUCCGCUGCAACCCAAUGGACGAAAACAGGCCUCACGACUAAAAAUUACUCUUGAUAUACGGUUGGCAGUUGCUUUUUUCUACAUCGCCCUCGCCUAUUCACUCUUCACCGUGUAUUUCUUGUCCAUAGGAAUACUUCCGGCCGACGCCAUCGCUUACCUAAACUUGCUGGUCUUCAACCUCGAGCUGAGCAAGUGCACCGUCUAUGUCCUCAUCGUUACGUUGAAA